CCAAGAAGCAAGAAGCCACAGCCUCCCAACAUCACAGAAGCGAGUCACUUUGCAAUCCUAAGUUACUGGUGAACGGGGAAAUAUCUAUCCACUCACGUUCUGCACCAGGCAGCAAACAAAAAGGGAACUUCUCUCAGCAAGAAAAGGCCAACAAAGAGAGAGAGAGAGAGAGGCGUUACGUCCUUUGAAGAUAAGCAUACUUUUCAAGUUAUGAUUUAAUUUUUGGUGAUUUGUAGGGAACUCAGCUGAAGUAAAUGCAUGGAUCAAAGGGACCCUAUGUCACUAACGGGCUCGGCUUCAUACUAUGUGCAUCAAGGUCAAGCCGAGUCCGUCACUGGUUUACAAAGCUCACCUAACAUGAGUCCAUUAUCUAAUCCUGCUGUGCACUUCCAAUCCAACACCGGGGCUGGCUUAGCAGUGCCAACAUUGCCCUUGGAUAGUUCAUCGACAAUGUCUCCUCAUGGAGUUAAUUUAGGCCCACCUUCUGCUCUGCAGCCAGGUGAACCAGUGCGCCGUAAAAGGGGAAGACCGCGCAAAUAUGGACAUGAUGGUUCUGUUUCAUUGGCAUUGUCGCCUUCCAUGUCCAAUCCUGCAUCCGCCAUGAGACCAGCUCAAAAGUGGCGAGGAAGGCCACCGGGCAGUGGCCGGAAGCAGCAAUUAUCUUCAAUCGGUGCAUCUAUGUUUAAUGGAGCUGGAACUAUGACCCCGCACAUCAUCAAUGUUGCAGUUGGAGAGGACAUAAAGAGGAGAAUCCUAUCCCUUUUACAAGGUCAUAGAGUUAUAGUUAUCUUGUCUGGCAUCGGUUCUAUUUCAUCUGCAAGCAUCAAAAUUUCAAGUUCGAAUGGGAGGAGCGUUACAUACGAGGGGCAUUUUGAUAUGGUGAAUCUAUCUGGCUCUUACAUUAAUGACGUCGGCGGUCCUCAUGGAACAACCGGAGGCAUAAACGUUACUUUUGCUGGUCCUGAUGGGCGUCUCAUAGGAGGUCCGGUCGAGGGUGUGCUCAUCGCUGCAAGCCAAGUUCAGGUGAUUGUUGGAACUUUGGUGCCUUCGUCUUCAAAGUCAAAAAAUAAGAUGAUAGAGGAUCCAGAAGCUUCGGGAGACCAUGAUCGAAGUACAGUUGGGAAUGCUGUAACAUCAGCUAACAUUCAGCCUAGUCAGAAUAUCAAUCCGAUGAGCGCCUGGCAGAGUUCGAGAUAAAUGGAUCGAUGUAUGAACUAUGCUGACAUUAACUGAUGUUGUGGGGUUUUAUAGUUGGAUGAACUAUCACCGCAAUGGGGGCGACCCGAUUUUCUAUCUUACCUUACAUAGGUUGUCCGAAUGUACAUCUGCUUUCAUUAAAUUUUCAGCUCCUCGCCACACGGAUGGUCUGGUAACUGUAUUAUGUUUUGAACAAACGUUUAACAGGAAUCAGGUAUGUAUUCUUGAUAUCCUUGCAAAAAAACCUGCAGUUAUCAUUCGUCGAAUUUAGUUUGAUUUUUUAGCUGUAGUCCAAGUCUGUGUUUGUGUAUAAGUUUAGUUAUCGUGUGCUUAUUACAUGGUCUUGGAAUUAUAUGAUUCUUUUGUUGUCUGCA